GUUGCUUUUCUGGAACCGUUUUCCAUAUGCUUCUGUUCUGUGCCCCUCACGAUCUCUUGGAUCCGUGCUCAUGAUCUCUUGAAUCCCUCCUCCACAUUCAAUUUGUGCUAGUAUACUCAUUUUGAAUCGAUUUGCUCAGAUCUCUUCAUCGUGUUAUGGAAAUGGCUUCUAGUCCUCGCACCGUGGAGGAGAUCUUCAAGGAUUAUAGUGCUCGAAGAGCAGGAGUUGUUCGUGCUUUAACUCAAGAUGUUGAUGAAUUUUAUGGGCUCUGUGAUCCAGAUAAGGAGAACUUGUGCCUUUAUGGACAUCCAAAUGAAACAUGGGAAGUAACUCUGCCAGCAGAGGAAGUUCCACCUGAGCUUCCUGAGCCUGCUCUUGGAAUCAAUUUUGCUAGAGAUGGCAUGCACCGCAGGGACUGGCUUUCUCUUGUUGCUGUCCACAGUGAUUCGUGGUUGCUUUCUGUGGCUUUUUAUCUCGGGGCCCGUCUUAACCGCAAUGAAAGGAAACGGUUAUUCAGCUUGAUCAAUGAUCUUCCCACUGUUUUUGAAGUCGUGACUGAGAGGAAACCAUUAAAGGACAAGCCCACUGUGGACAGUGGUAGCAAAUCUCGGGGCAGCACCAAGAGAUCAAAUGACGGGCAAGUGAAAAGCAACCCAAAGUUUGCCGAUGAAGGCUACGAGGAGGAUGAAGAUGAGCAUAGCGAAACCCUUUGUGGUAGCUGUGGUGGAAACUAUAAUGCAGAUGAAUUUUGGAUUGGCUGCGAUAUCUGCGAGAGAUGGUUCCACGGGAAAUGUGUGAAAAUUACUCCUGCCAAGGCUGAGAGCAUAAAGCAAUACAAAUGCCCAUCAUGUAGCAUGAGGCGAGGUAGGCCCUAGGUGACUAAAGGCAAAAAAUGAUACUAGAGUCUGAAAAUAUUGUAAUAGUGCUAUAUUUCUUACGAAAGGGCACGUAACAGGUAUAUUACUAUGUUUAACUCGUAAUUUCUGAGGGAUAUUAAGCUUGACUUCGGUGAGAAUAUUCAAUAAUGUCAUAUACACCGUAGAAAUAGAUUGUGAUAUAUUCUAAUUUGGUGGAGUUCGGAUCCUUUGGGCACAA